AUGAUGGUCAAGAAGAGGAAACUGCAUGGCAAGAUCAUCGCUACGGAGACGACGAAAGCGGCGGACAAGGUGAAGGCCAAGGAAGAGGCGACGGCACUUAACGCUGCGGCUGAAAAGGAGGAAGUUGCUGGCGCUACGGACGAUAAACUGACGGGUACGAAGACGGAUAGUGAAGAUAACACCGAGGAGGCGGCGGAGGAAGCUGUUGCGCCGAAGAAGAAGGCGUUCUUCUUGUCCAAACACGAGCGUACGCGGCUUAAGAAACGCCGACCAAUAAUGAGACCCAGGAUGAGGGCGAUGCGUCGUUCAAGGACGACGAAAACUACAUCGGCUACAUGA